CAAAUGUAAUCCAUGCCUGUCAGACUUUCUACAUUUUGAAUUAAAUUAUUCUUCAUUAGACACUUAAAUUUAUAGUUCAUCCUCCAGGUGUUUGACGACGGGGUCGCCAUGUCUCUUCGAAUGGAGAGCGAGCCGGGGGAGAGUGGAAGCUCCACUACUCUUUGUAAUGACGUAUCCAGUGAGAGGCUGAGUAAAUGCACCUAUGUAGAUGAGGAUAAUUCAAUUAUAUUGAAGAAGUAUAACGAACAAUACCGGCAACUAAAGAAAGAAAAUUUUGAUCUCAGACUCAGCAUGUACUUGCUAGAAGAGGAUCUCGCAAAAUACAGGAAAAUAUUCAUCAACCAGAAGCAUGAAAAUGAGAUAAUUGAAGAUCUCACUCGGCAAUUAGAUGAAAAUAAAAUUCUGCUUCGUAAAGCACAUGAAGCAAUAAAUCAAAAAGAUGACGACUAUAUAAGAAAAUUGCAUUAUAAAGAAGAACAACUAUGGCAAUACAAAAUUGAAUCUGAAAUAUUGAAGAUUCUAUUAAGCGAAUUUCGUAAUCAGGAUAAAAACAAGCGUGAAAUCAAUAGCGCAGGUCUUCUUUUCAACUCUUUAGACCACUCAAUUUCCCUUAAUUCAUCACUAUCAAGACAUGUAUCAUAUUUAACACCCAGGAGGAUAAGAACACAUGAAGGGAAGUACUGCCGAACACCAUACGCAAGUUUCUGUAAUGUUCAGAGAGCACAGCAAAAGUGGGAAGAAAAGUCAAAUUUGAGGGCUAACAAAGGAUCGAGGCAAAUGGGUUCCGAUAAUCAAAAGAAACUUCAAGUGUUGGAACGAGAGAUCUCAACAUUACAACAGUCAAUGUAUGAAAAAGAUCAUAUCAUCAAUUCCCUAGAGAAGAAUAAUACGGAACUACAUGAUAAAAUGUUGAAAGUGAUCGAUAACGCUGAUAUAUUGGCCAAAGAACUGGAUCACGUUAGUAAAUUCUCCACAGACCAGAUAAAUUUGAUCGGCGAGUUACAACAAAAAACAAAGUCACUGCAUGUAGCCAUGGAGGAGAAUCAAAAGAAAACGGAUCUAGAAAAACUUGAAAGCGACAAACAAUUCGACGAUCUCAAAGAACAACUCAACAUCGUUGAAGACCGUCAUUGUGACUCUUACGAACCGGUACCUCAAUCGUCUACCGAAAUUAAACCGUCGCAGGUUGAAAAGGAAUCUGCGGAGACGUCACGUCAGAAAUGUUACGAGGAUCUGAAGGAUAAAAUUUUUGAAGUUAACAGCCUGACCAAGAAACUGGAAAAGUCCGAGUGCAUUUCAGAAGCAUUAGCCAUGCAAAUUGGGGAACUGAAAAAUAGAGUGAAACUGCAGAAGGGCAAUGCAGAGAAGGAACGCAUACGAGCCAACAGCAUCAAAAGCGAAUAUGAUGGUCGUAUCGUCAAGCUCGAAGAACGCAUCACGAGUCUCGAAACUCGGAAGGAUCGUUACAAACAAAAAUUGCACGAUACUGACGAAAGACUUAACGAAAAAAUUACUGAAGUCAUGCGCUUGCAGAAACUUAAUGUCCGCGCAGAAAUUCAAAUUCGCGAGCUUCGCAAACAGCUUCAGAACCCUCACUACAGAGUUGUUGGCCUGUGAAAGGGAUAAUUGUACGUCACGGAGUAGGCUCCACGUUAAACUGAAGUCGCACUGGCUUUAGGCGUGGAUUCUAUAUUUUUAUACAUAGUAGUUAUUAGGACUUAUUAAUAUACUUUAUUUAAAAAUAUA